AUGUCCUGUUCGCAAAAAACGAAGCUCCUGCAGGUUGUAUCGCUAUUUUUCACGAAUCUUCAUUUUUCACGAAUAUGUAAUCUAUUUUUAUGCCUUGUAUCCACGAUGCUAGAAAUCGAUCCGAGAUCUCGGAUGGAAAGAGAAUUGACCAAUCGUAUUAGUCAAUUAGCCGAAUUAUUCAAAUGUAAUUGGUCAAUUCUCUUUUCAGCCGAGAUCUCGGAUCGAUUUCUAGCCUCAUAGAUACAAGACAUUAUAGCCGACCUAUACUCGUUGUUACAUACUUAAAACGAAAUAGAUACAUAUUUGAAGUUUGACAAAAGCAAGAUAGAAAAUUUAGUGCAGGAACAGAAAACUAUGAUUGGUUCACGCUAAUUCCGCAACUUGCAACCAAUUACGUCGCAUAAAUUGACUGACCAUCUCGUGAAAAUUUUCGAUUCGAGUGGCCGAUAUCUGUAAAAAAUCGACCAUUCAAUUUUAAACGUGGCGAAUAUUUGAGAGUAUUAGAGAAAAGCGUUUACGUGGAAAAUUGAAACAAAUUAUUGAAACUGAUAACAAUGAAGAAAAAAAGAAUAAUGAAGAAGACAAAAAAGGUAAAUUCGCGCAAUUGAUGCUGAUAUAUAUCGAAUAUAUUUAUAUUUCAUAUCUUUACAGACAUCCAAAAAGUUGAAAUCUAAUUGUAAGAGUCAAAGCGAGAGACAAAUAUUUCUUCAUAGAUUGCAACAAGCAGUAGAGGAAUUUUGUAGUAAAAAUAAUAAUUUGGAUGACCCAGAUUGCGAGUUGCUAUACGCGAGAACUAUGGAACAUUCAUUUUCGAAAAGAGAUCCUAAAUCUUUUCAAAACGACUACAAUGAAAACCCGCGCGAUAAUUACAUGUGCUAUCGUUGUAAACAUUUCCUCGAGAUACCACAUAAUUUGUCUCAGUUGUUUUGCAACAAAAUGGCCAUUACUUUUGCCAAACAAUAUAAGAUCGAGUUGAGUUUUGUUCAGGCUAUUGUCUGGUUGAAGUUUUUUUUGCCUGUGGCUCAUCUCAAAUAUCAGUCGAACGAUUGCAACAGAUAUUUAACGAACAAUGGAAUAGACAUGAUAAAUGUAAUUAUUACAAAGAUAAACAUAGUGAUGACGAUCAUGUUGAAAAAUUAAUACCUGUGAUUAAAAACUUAUCGAUGAGAAAUAAUUUUAGAACGUCAACUCCUAUAAAUAUUAAUAUAUCACACCUUGAUACAUUUCAAAAAGAGAUCUUACAUGCUAGAGCUGAAAAUAUGCAGAGUAAUUUAUUAGAACCUGUCUUGACAAACAGUAUGAAUGAGUCGUUUGUAGAAAUGACUUUGAUGCUCGAAGACGAUAGCAGCUCUUGCAUCACGGCAGAUAAAAAGGGAACAGAAAUUUUGGAAUCCAGUAUAAAUUUAGAUUCAGAAAAAAAUUUAUUUCGAGGAUUUGAUUUAAUUUCGAAAGAAAAUUUCGACAUGGAUGAUCGGAUACCUGAACAUCAAUGUUUCGAAUUUGAAGAAAACAUAUAUGAUUCAGUGCAAACUGCAUCAAAAAAUAUCGAUCAAAUAAAUCAAGAAGUAGACGAAGAAGAAGAAGAAAAAGAUAUAUUCUUUACUCAAAAAAAUACUAAUGUUUUGAGUAAACAUGAAUCUACUUUAUCAAUAGGAAACAAAUUUAUCACGCCAAUGUCCGUAACUUCGGAAUAUAAUUUUGAGGAAGAAUGUUUUACUCCAUUGGGAAAUCGGAGCAACUUCCAGCCUGAUAAGACAUCGAAAUUUGAUGAUAGUUUAAAAAGUUAUAAUAUAACUCAAAAAAAUAUCACUCAAAUGUCAGAUUUGAGUACCAAUUUCGAAUUUCUACUCGACAAUAAUAAUUCUUGGGAGAAAUCUCUAGACAAUAUCAUAACUGAAGAUUCGAAAAAGGAUAGCGCAUACAGUACAUUGCAUAUGGACAUGGAAUUCAAAACCGACAAUAAGCGUACAUUGAAUACCGAAUGUUAUUAUGAAUCACAAUCUUGCCAAAAAGAUAUAAUGUACAUGGGAGAAAAUAAAAGUACUGAACCUCAGAAUAACAAAAAUCUUCGGGAAACGAGCGAUACCAUUUUUGAAAAUCCUAAAGACGAUGUUCCAGCGAAAUUUAUCAUCGGUAAUAAGCACACAUCAAAUAUCGAACAUUCUUCUAAACAGCAAUCCUACAGAUUGACAAUUACAUGCGAGAAAACAGUGGCUUCUCCUUCUAUAAUACAAGGAGUUGAAAUAUCAGACACAAAACGUUAUAAUUUGCGACCUCGUAUUAAGAAAAGUUACUCAUCCCUUUUUACAACAAAGAGGCGGAAAGAACCUAAAUCAAAAGUGUUAAAUCAAGAGAAGAAAGAGAAAAAAGAACAUGAGGAUGAAAUGAUUCCUUCUAAUUGGUGGAGCUUGACUUUGGAAUCAUUACAUAUGGAACGGAUGGUUCUUGCCUCGAUUCAAGUGAUUAUAUCGACGCUUUGUGAUAAAAAAACGACGAAGAAAUAUACGAUACGUGAUUAUUGGAAAGAUAGUUUAGAAGAACAAGCAAUAAACGCAGUAUUGAAUAUAUCGGAUAUUUUUACAAUUGAAAAGAAACCUAAUAUAUGCGUAAAAGAAAUUGUAAUGACAAUAAUCAAAGUUUUAGAUGAGAUGAUGAUGGAUGUACAAUUAAAUAAAAUAUACUACUCUCAGACAUUCGUGUGGAUAUAUCGAAUACAAAUAAUGCUGGAAUUUUGUAAUUCAUUGCCAGUAUGUGUCAAGAUAAUCGAUCAUUUGAUAACAAAUUAAUUGCUUCAGUCGAAGCUGAUCGCUAUAAAAGAAAUACUUCAGAGGAAUACCUGCGUCUUGAUAAAUCAAUUGUAUCUUGCGUUUUACUCGUUAAACAUUACUCUACGAAAAUAUCGUGCGAUUAUACCAAGCGAUCAAAGAUCUCGACCUGCGGAAAGAUCGAUAUGCCAUGUCGCUGAUCUUUGGAAGAUACACUAUAUCGAAAAAGAACUUGAUCAUGCAGAUUUAAACCUGAAUGUUGCGGAGAAACGAUGGUUAAAUGCUUUAGAAAACAGCGCGGUAGUUUUCACGGAGCAUUUUUUCGUGUCUUUCGCCGAAAAGUCGUUUUCACUCAUCCGUGUGCUAAUUUCGCAAUCUAGCACGAGGAUAACAUAA